AUGCCUAGAAAGUUCUCCUUCCCCAGCAUCAAGAUGUAUGACGGCACCGGCGACCCCGAUGAUCACAUCACGCAGUACAAGCAAAUGAUGCUGGCGUUUGCACUCCCUAAGGAAUCCCGUGAGGCCACGAUGUGCAAAGGGUUCAGUUCCAGUCUGAUUGGACCUGUCCUGCAAUGGUACAUCAAUCUCCUUAACAGGUCCAUAUCCUCCUUCGCGGGCCAGGGCGACAAAUUCGUGGAGCAAUUCGCGAGCAGUAGGAGCCUGGAGAAGACUUCAGAUGACCUCUACGAGAUCCUCCAGCAUCGGGUGGAACCCCUGCGAGACUACAUAGCCCACUUCAACCAGGAGAAAGUGGCGGUCCCAGAAUGCAGUAUCCCUACUGCGAUCUCCGCCUUCAAGAGAGGUUUACUUCGAGAUGGAGGGCUAUACAAAGAGCUGACCAUGUAUCCAUGCAAGACCAUGGAAGAUGUGCUGUCCCGACCCUGGGCGCAAGUAAAGUGGGAGGAAGAUGUUGCCAGCCGUGCCAAGGCUCAGCCAAAGCAGGACCAAAGGUCAGACCGAUCAGAUCGAGGAGACCAGGACGAAAGAUCCUCCCAAAAAGGAUCCAAGAACUCUGGUAGUAGAAACAGGGGCAGGUUCCAGUAUCGGCCUCAGGAGAAGGAAAAAGGGAUGUCGGUAUCUACCUGGCACGAUAUCUCCCAUCUCUCAAUAUCAACAUCAGAGCUAGUCAGCACACUGAGACAGAUGGGCCAAUAG